AUGAAACUUAUCUACGAAACAGAUAUGGAUCUAUUACCAUGGACAUUUAUGUCACGUAAUAUGCAAGAAGCCUGUGCUGACGGUCGUACGAAUGAUGUUGAACAAAUGAGUCGUGAAGGUGCUGAUCUUAACGAUUCCGAUGAGCAUGGUAAUACGCCAUUGUGGUUAGCUUAUAUCGGUGGACAUUUAGAUACAGUAUUUGCAUUACUUGAAUUAAAUGUUGAUAUUAAUCGACGUACAGGUUCAAUGUUGGCAUCAGAUUUUCACCGAGCAUGUGGAUGGGCUGAUGACGUUUUCAUUGAUAUAUUAUGUAAUUACAAUGCAAAUUUAGAUCUAACUGAUCGAUUCGGUAAAACACCGUUGAUCUAUGCGAUUGAAUAUCGAACUUCAUUAUCAGAAUCAAACGAAGAAGAUCUUAUUCGUUUAUUGAUUACUAAAGGAGCUAAUACAAAUCAUGUUGAUAUGUCCGGUUUAACACCGCUAUUCUACUCUAUCUAUCGUGGUUUACCUUCUAUUGUUAAAAUUUUACUGCAGCAUAAUGCAAAUUAUGAAUUUGAAAAUCUCCUUGGUUAUUCACCGCUACGCUAUGCACUUGGUUGUUUAUCUUAUUCGAAUCCAUACGAAGAAGAUAUCUAUCAAGAACGUUUGAAUAUUGUUGAACUUUUACUUGAUCAAUUUCAAUCGAAUGAAAUUGAACUUAAGAAAGCUAUUAUUGGUUAUGCGCCCAAUAUUCCAUAUUUAUUUCCUUUAUUUGAUUUUAUAUUUUAUUGUCGAAUUAAAAAUCGAUAUGAUUUAGAAAAUAUUGCAUGGAAAACCUAUGAAGAAACUCAUUGGCCAUGUAAUAUAACAUACGGAAAUCUUAUCUUAGCACAAAAUAUAUUUGUAUUUAAUUACUAUAUUGAUAAUAUCAUUUAUUUUAUUCAGCGAAUGUAUAUAGAAAAUUAUCAACAAUUAAUUAUUUUUUAUCUACAAAGAAUUAUUAAAGAUAAAGAAACAAUAAAUCGAUUUUUUCUAUUACUCUAUUGUGCAUUUAUUGAAAUGGAUGGUAACAGUUUAUAUGUUGAAAUGCUGAAAUAUUUACUGGACAAUCAACGAAUAUAUUUAUUUAAACAACGCCGAGAAGUCAUCAAAAGAAUUCUAUCAUUAUGUCAUCGAGCACCAAUUCGUCUUCUAGCUUUGUGUCGUCGAAAAAUUCGUCAAUCUAUUAAAUCAUCGAUUGAUCGACGGAUUGAAUUCAGUUCGAUUUUACCGAAAAGUCUUCAACAAUAUUUAAUUCUUGAUGAAUUAACACCAUUUAUGAUAUCACCAACAAGUAACCGUUUAUUUUCUUUAAUUGAACAAUCAUUAUCUUACAUUGAAUCCCCAAUUAUAAGCUCAAGUUCAACUCUAUCGAAUAAAAGUAAUUCACUGUCAUCAUUUAACGAACUCUGUUCGUAG